AUGGCAUCAACAGAGGUCGCCGACGUAACGCCCAACCCGGGCAAGAGCUCCCUCCACGAGGUCGAACGAACCACCUCCUACGAGAAAGCCCAGGCAACCCGCCUCGAAAACGUCGAUAACGAACUCUCACAAUACAUCGGCGGCAACGUCACCGUCUCCCGCGAACGCAGCGAUGAACUCCGCAAGAAGAUCGACCGCCGCGUCCUCACCGUCAUGAUCGGCACCUACUUCCUCCAAGCCAUCGACAAGGGCACAAUGUCCUUCGCCUCCGUCAUGGGUCUCCAGAAGGACACCGGCCUCGUCGGCCAGCAGUUUUCCUGGCUGACGACGUGUAUUUACAUUGCGAUUCUCUUCGUCGAAUAUCCUCAGAACUGGAUCAUCGCCCGCGCCCCUAUCGCGAAGUAUCUCUCAUUUUCCAUCAUCGCCUGGGGUGCCACCUUGGCCUGCCAUGCCGCCUGCACGAACUUCACGGGCCUCGUCGUCGUCCGCACACUGCUCGGUAUCUUCGAAUCUGCCUGUCAACCCGCUUUCGUGAUUCUCUCUGGCAUGUGGUACCGUCGCGAGGAACAGGCCUCGCGCGUGACGUACUGGUACAUGAUGAACGGCGCUCAGCAAAUCGUCGGCGGUCUCCUCGCCUACUGCUUCACCCACAUCACCGGCGGACCUCUGAAGAGCUGGCAAUGGCUCUUCCUCAUCUACGGCGUCAUCUCCGUCAUCUUUGGUGUCUUCGUCCUCUUCUGGAUGCCCGACUCGCCCAUGCGCGCCAAAUGCUUCACCGAGCAGGAGAAGCGCGAGAUGGUCGAGCGCGUCCGCGACAACCAGACCGGUAUCCAGAACAAGACCUUCAAGCGGGAGCAGGCCAUCGAGGCCCUCCUGGAUCCCCAGGUCUGGGGAUACGCCCUGAUCGCGCUCUGCACCACCCUGCCCACCUCGGGCCUGGGCGCUUUCGCCAACAUCAUCAUCAAGAGCUUCGGUUUCUCCACGCUGGAAGUGCAGCUCCUCGCCAUGGUCCUCGGCUUCUACAUCAUCUUCGUCCUCCUCGGUUCCGUCUGGCUCGUCAAGAAGACCGGACAGAACCUCUACGUCAUGCUCGGCUUCUGCGUCCCCUCCGUCGUCGGCACCGUGCUCCUGAUGACUCUCCCCAAUCAGACCUUCUCCCAGCACGUCGGCCUGCUCAUCUGCUACUACAUCACCCUCUCCUUCUGGUCCGCGCAGACCCUCGCCCUCUCCCUCAUCUCCCGCAACAUCGCCGGCCAGACCAAGAAGCAGGUCGCCGUCGCCCUCAACUUCAUCAUCUGGGCCACCGGAAACGCCAUCGGGCCCCAGGUCUUCCUCGAGUGGAACGCCCCGCGGUACUUCAUCGCGUUCGCCACCCACCUGGGGUGCUACGCGCUGCUCAUCCUCAUCAUCGUCGGCCUGAGGAUCCACCUCGUCCGCCAGAACAAGAAGAGGGACGAGAUGGCCGCCGCCGGCGUCGCCGAGGCUUCUCCUGACUACACCGCCCACGCCUUUGAGGACAUGACGGAUAAGGAGAACCUUUCCUUCCGCUAUGUAUUCUAA